AGUCAAGCCCUACCUGCCACGUAAGGAGUUGUGUAAUUCAUGCUUUUAAUAACAUGACAGGAGGACACUGACAAGGAGCUCGGCAGAUCAUAACACUUGAUUUAUUAAACAUGAAGAGGUGAACAUCAUGAAUUAGCCACAUCCGUUUACACAGUGCGCAUCAUAUCUCUCUCUCUACCUCUCACAACUGCGUGCAGACCAUUCUCUCUGUUCUUGUGAUAAUACCUCUAGAUCUUAUUAAAGUUAUAGAACAUUAAUUUUACCCUUAAAUUUCACUCCCUACACAGGUCAUUUUUUGGUCAACUGUCACUUUAAAGCUGCUAUCCGUAAAGUGCUAUACUUUUUUUCUUAUGAUCCAAAAUCAAUCAUUAAGCAAGUAACCAAUCAAAAAAAAAAAAAAAAAAAAAAAAACUAAACUAGUUUGACCCGUAUUAAUAACAGUGAACCACUUUUGUCUUUCUGUGUAAGUCACACAGGUUUGAAAUGACAUUAUCGUGAGAAAAUGAGACAAUGUUCACCCCGCCCCCAUCUGAUGAGCUAUAAAAUGAGCGCUGCAACAGACACAUUAUCUCAUUCACCUCCUGAUCAAAGAUGGAUCUGCAAAUCUCAAUUUUUCUUCUGUUUAUUCUUUUCACUGCAGGACACUCUCUCAGCUGUUAUGAGUGCUUAAGUCUGACAGGCUCUUGUACCCAGACAAGUCAGUGUCCCACUGAGUUAACCAACUGCUUGAACGCAAAAUUUAAUGUCUACGUUGCUCCAGUCACGGUUAGAGGUUGUGCUCCAUCUGUCUGUGCAAGUGGAUCCAUCAACCUCGGCUUUGGAAGAGGCUCUUCUCUGUGCUGUAACACUGAUCUCUGUAACGACCAAAAACUUCCAGAUCUCACUAACGCUCCCAAUGGAAAGACGUGUUACUUUUGUGAUGGUAAUACCUGCUCAAACACAGUGAACUGUUCAGGGAGUGAAGACCGCUGCCUUGUGUAA